UCUAUAUCUCUCUCUCUCUUCGCUUCUAUUUCUGUUUUUCCCCUCGCAUGUUCGACAGAUUUCGCUCCGCAUGGCGCCUAAAGUGUUUAUGGUGGCAGAGAAGCCGAGCAUCGCCCUCUCCAUCGCCUCCGUUCUUUCCGCCGGCCGGAUGUCGACGAGGAAGGGCAGUACUGAUGUGCACGAGUUCGACGGAAUGUUCCGGGGAGCACAUUCGCACUUCAAAGUAACAUCUGUCAUCGGACAUGUCUUCAGCGUGGAUUUUCCACCUGCGUAUCAGAACUGGGAAGUGACUGAUCCUAUGGACCUUUUCGAGGCGCCGGUUCUGAAGUCGGAAUGUAACCCAAAGGCUCAUAUCCGUAGGCAUCUAUCGCUAGAAGCUCGAGGUUGCACCUACUUAGUACUAUGGUUGGAUUGCGAUCGGGAAGGAGAAAAUAUAUGCUAUGAAGUUAUCGAAUGCAGUGGAAUCCAUGAGACCGAGGCUGGAAGAAGAAUUUUUCGUGCUAAAUUUUCAUCUGUCACUGAGAAAGACAUAUGCAAUGCAAUGGACAAUCUUCUUGUGCCCAACAAAGAUGAGGCACUAUCUGUUGAUGCACGCCAAGAAAUUGACUUGAAGGUAGGAGUCGCAUUUACUCGAUUUCAGACCCGCUAUUUUCAAGGAAAGUACGGGAACCUUGACUCGAGAGUUAUCUCCUAUGGCCCAUGUCAAACUCCCACUCUUGGAUUUUGUGUUCAACGCGCCAUGCAAAUUACAACAUUCAAACCAGAAAAGUUCUGGUCCUUGAAUCCUUUUAUCAUGAAAGAUGGUUACGAGGUACAAUUGGAUUGGGACCGCAGGAAAGUUUUUGAUUCUGAAGUCGCCACGAUGUUCCAAAAGAUGGUGACUGAUGAUGGCACUCUAAAAGUAACUGAUAUAUCGACAAAAGAAGAGUGCAAACCUCGCCCUUCUGGUCUUAAUACAGUUAACAUGCUUAAGGUUGCAUCAAGUGCACUAGGACUCGGUCCUCAAAUGGCUAUGCAGUUGGCAGAGCGACUAUAUACUCAAGGAUUUAUUAGCUAUCCACGCACAGAGAGCACUACAUAUCCUGCAUCAUUUGAUUUUACGAGUGCUCUAAGUAUUCAACAAAACCAUCCUAUUUGGGGCAACUACGUAAAAGCACUGCUAGCUGAUGGGUACCAUAAGCCGCGGCAGGGACAUGAUGCGGGGGACCAUCCUCCCAUUACUCCAAUGCGCUCAGCAACAGAAGAUACGUUGGGAAAUGAUGCUUGGAGACUGUACCAGUUCAUUUGCCAACAUUUUAUUGGUUCUGUGAGCCCUGAUUGCCGGUAUAUGAGGACUGCAAUAGAAUUCACAGCAGGUGGAGAGGUAUUUCACUGUACGGGACACCAUGUUACUGCUAAAGGCUUUACAUCUAUCAUGCCAUGGAUGUCAGUUAGUGAGAAGAGUCUUCCUCAAUUUAAGCAGGGUGAGAAGAUAAAAAUUCUUAAGGUUGACCUAUAUGAGGGUAGCACCACACCUCCAGAUUACCUUAGUGAGAGUGAACUGAUUUCUCUCAUGGAAAAGAAUGGUAUAGGGACAGAUGCUUCCAUUCCUGUUCACAUAAACAAUAUCUGCGAGCGCAACUAUGUUCAGGUUAACUCCGGAAGAAGAUUAGUUCCAACAGCAUUAGGAACUACCUUAAUAAAAGGAUAUCAAUGCAUUGAUGCCGACCUAUGUUUGCCAGACAUCCGCAGUUUUAUUGAGCAGCAAAUCACCUUGAUUGCAAAAGGAGAAGCAGAUCAUGUUCAUGUAGUGCAACAUGUUCUUCAGCAAUUUAUGAAUAAGUACUCAUAUUUUGUUAAAAUGAUUGAAAACAUGGAUGCGCUCUUUGAAGCACAGUUCUCACCUUUAGCAGACUCGGGGCGUCUACUGAGCAAGUGCGGAAAAUGUACUAGAUACAUGAAAUAUAUUUCCACCCAACCAACAAGGUUAUAUUGCACAACUUGUGAGGAGGUGUAUAACCUCCCUCAGAAUGGCACCAUCAAGCUUUACAAAGAGCUUGCUUGCCCUCUCGAUGGCUUUGAACUGCUUCUCUUCUCGAUGGCUGGGCCUGAUGGGAAAUCGUUCCCGCUUUGCCCCUUCUGCUACAAUUCUCCCCCGUUUGAAGGGAUCGACAAGCUCUUCAGUGCGCUUAAACUUGAAAGGAAUCCAGGCAAGGUCGGAAAGGGGGCUGGUAUGCCAUGCUUCCUUUGCCCACACCCAACAUGUCGUCACUCUAUGAUAACUCAAGGAGUAUGCGCCUGCCCUGAGUGUAGCGGAACUCUAAUUCUUGACCCUGUAAGCGCGCCUAAAUGGAGGUUAUACUGCAACAUGUGCAAUUGUCUCGUCUCACUUCCACAGGGGGCUCAUCGAAUCUCCACUACGAGCGAAAAGUGCUCAAAUUGCGAGUCAACUAUAAUUGAGGUCGACUUCAACAAGAAGACAACGCCGCUUCAAGACGGUGCGACUUUGCACAAGGGGUGCAUCUUGUGCGACGAGUUGUUGCACUCACUUAUUGAGAUGAAGCACGGAAAGUCGUUCUCUAUGAGGCGCGGAAGAGGUGGUAGAGGCAGAGGGCGAGGGAGAGGAAGCAGCAGGGGAAGGGGGCGAGGUGGCUCAGCACGUGGGGAUCCGAAGAUGAGCUUCCGAGACUUUUGAGAAACGGCAUGAUGUUUCUUCCAAGCAUUUUGGCGGAUCCUGGAGAAAGAUUAACUUUAUGUACAGUUGACGCGGUAGGAGUGAAAGCAUUUAUCAAGCUCUUCUGUCGGGAAAUGAUGCUAACAGAGCCCCGUCUCGUAGCAGCUCGAAUUCAUUGAAUUUGGUCGAGUGCAAUUAGCGAAUAAUGACUAGAAAUAGUAGCAAAAUUAGUUCUGUCAACAGCAUCACUCUUAUCGAAACCCUACUGUAGUGAUCAUGUUGUUGGAACUCAGGAUUUGUGUUUGUGACCUAGCUGUUGCUGUAUCAUUGUGUAUCAUUCAUGUACUCUGAAAACUCUUACACUGUAUGCAGCUUUACCAAGCAUUGGUUUUGUUAAUGAUUUCUUUUUUAUGCUUCGAAAAAGGCUUGAAGGAACAGUUAUUAUGGCGGAGGAUGUAUAAGAGGAUUGAAGAGUGAGCUAUUUCUGUCGAUAUUGUUUUUUUUUU